AUGUGCCAGACUGGUAUUCCCGCCUUGAAAAAUCUCUGGAGAACUGUUGCAUCCUGGACGUACGCACCCACAAGACUCUCAUCAACAGGCAUGGCAGGCACUGUCGGUCUCGGGAGAGUCCAUGAGGGGCUUGAACACGGUCAUGUACUCGACAAAGGCCCUAAGUUCCAGGGCCACAUGCUGAGUUUCUGCGAACGUCAAGCAGAUGCGUGUCCACGCAUGCUACAGGGACACAGCGGCUUGAAUUUUGAGAAAUGUCGAGUAACGCAGACGACCAACUCCCUCCACGAGACUGUCUGGGUCGCACUCAACAAAAUCGUACUUUGUCAAGCUGCGAUACAGCGGAUGGAAGGGAUCGUUUGGAGAGGCAGGAGCUAUCCAGCGUAUGCAAGCCAGAUGAGGAAACUGCUCGACAUAGGCCUGUGGCCAUUGGAGCGGGUCGUCGUGGCCGUAUCGAAAGUUUUCCCGCAUGUAUACCUCCCGGUUCGCCCCAAGGGGAGGCCUGCAGAUGAUAGAGGAGUUUGGGGUGACUAUGAAGGAGUCGGAACCAUCCAAGAUGAUACCUGGGAUUUGCCUUGUGCAAGAGCAAUCUCGGAUCCCCGCGAACUUUGGAAGGCGUCCAGUCGACCGGCAGCAUGGUUUAUCCUGCAAACGUUGAGAUUCUGUCAGCAACGGUGGCUGGAGACAACACAGGCGACGAAGAUUGAAGAUUGUCUACGGCCAUUAGGACACCCGUGGGCCGCCGAGAUUGAUGGCCAAGACUUGAGGUGGGAGAGUGAGCGAAAGCGAGAGAGAAUUAGUGCGGUACCACUUGGCAUGUUUUGCCAGGUGGUACACACCACGAGUGUUGUCUCCUGGUCGGUCUACGACUUACUGAACAGGCGGCCAGUGUGUAUUGCCUUGUUCUUGCCAUUCCUGGGCACUCACCCUCGUCAUCCUCGCCUCUGUCCCCACUCUGGUUUUAGUACAAGCCUCCUCCCAGGCGGUAGCCUGGUCCUCUCCUUUCCAUCGAACGAUCCCAAGAAUCCUGUCGCAGCCACGCUUAUUGACCAUGCUGUGUCUGCAGUUGCUACUGUCAAAGCGUUCAAUGCAGCAUCUCAGGAACGCGACUCUCUAAGCACCGUUCUCGACCGCGUCAAGGUCGCCGACAAAAAACUCAUUGCAGUCUGGGGUCUUACAUCAGGCCUGUCGCAAUUCGUCAUGAUGUCCGUGUUCAUGCAAGCCUUUUGGUUUGGGUCGAAGCUGGUCAAACAAAGCAAAGUGGAACCAGGGGAUGUUAUGGCCGUAUUUUGGACUUGCCUCAUCGCUACAAGUAAUCUGCAGAUGUGCAUUCCCAAGUUCAUCACGUUGACGAAGGGGAAAUUUGCCAUGGUGGCCUUGCUCGUGCUUGCUGACUCGGAAGAGGCAGGUGCUCUGACUCCCGUAUCUCCAUCGUAUUAUUCCCGUGCAUCGAUCUUUCAUGGCCGCCCAUAUCCCUCCCGACCUUCCGUACUGGUCCUGCGAGACGUCUCCAUCUAUCUUCCCGCUCUUCCCGCUUCAGAAACCACUUUUGUUGUAGGGAGCUCCGGACCCGGAAAGUCGACCAUUGCGUCACUUCUCCUUCGGUUGUAUAAGCCUCGGAGCGGGCAGAUAGAGCUUGACGACCAAGAUAUUGCCUAUUUGGACGACAACUGGACGACUGAACACAUCUGUCAUUUCCCAAAACUUGUUCAUGACAAUGUUGCCAUGGGACUUGCCGGAAGUGAAACUGGGAGAAAGCUGGAACACGCGACGAGGGCAGAAGUCAUGCAGGCUUGCCAGGCUGCUAUGAUUCCUGAUUUCAUCCGCGAUUUACCUGACGGAUAUGAGACGAAGCUAGGCAAUGGAGGUGCGAACUUGAGCGGUGGUCAGAAGCAAAGGCUAGCUAUUGCGCAAGCACGAUUAAGGAAUCCUUCUGUAUUAAUUCUUGAUGAAGCUACUUCUGCCUUGGAUCCUACUUCUCGCGUCUUGAUCACGUCGAAGGACUUUGUCUAUGUCUUGAAGAACGGUACCGUCAUCGAGCAAGGCUAUCGCGCUGACCUUGAGCGAUCUGAAGGUGAAUUCAAGGCAAUGAUGGGCUCCCAAGCGGUUGCAGAUGUGUCAACAAUCGACGAUACAGAGCGCCCAGAAUCGGUAACAACGGAGGGGGAUGAGGAAAAAGACUCAGUCUCUCAACCGUUCUCCCUUCAAUUCACACUAACCUCGCCAGCAUUCUCUCACCAUUCCGCAACUUCUUUGUUGAUCAAGAAGGAUAAUUGUGCUGUGACGAGACGGAGGUCGACUAGACCGUCUCGCAUGAACCGACGCAGAGCGACUCUUGCUGACAUUCACGAGUUACUGGAUCCGGUCGCGGAUACCAAGGUUUCUAACGAAGCCCAGAACACCUCUGUCAUCAACACCUUCGGCGCCAUCGUUCUCAGCAUCGCAGCUGUUGAUGGUCUUCUCAUGGGCUUGAAAUACUUUAUCAUGGAGACUCGCAUUCCUGCACCAUCUUGA